AUGGCCCAGGCAGACUUUGCCCGCUUCAGCAGAAAGGUGGUGCAGUACUUCUGGGACCCUCUGCCAAAGAACGAAGACUCCUCGCCGAUAUGGUGCCUGGGCCGGUCGUAUGACUCCCGCUACCAGGAAGCUCGACAGCCGAAGCUCUUGGGCGCUUCUCCCUCCGCGCAGUCCGACUCGAGCACUUCGCAAGCAGACUCCGCUGUAGUCACCGACAGCAAGCCUGCGAAAGGUGAAGAAGAUGAGACACGCACGGAAGCACUUGCGAAGAGCCAGGCAGAUCUCACCAGAUCGGAGGAAGAAGCACUGGGAUGGCCGCCAGAGUUCCUGGACGAUCUGGAGAGCAGGAUAUGGUUGACCUACCGAAGCAACUUCUCGCCCAUAGCGAGAUCACCAGACUCUGCUGCAGCUUCGGGUAUGUCCUUUGCUACCAAGCUACGGAAUCUGGGCAAUCAAGGUGGCUUUUCGAGUGAUACCGGCUGGGGGUGCAUGAUAAGAAGCGGGCAGAGCUUGUUGGCGAAUACACUGGCGAUUUUGCAGCUGGGCAGGGAUUGGAGGAAGGGGGAGCAGACCCAGGCACAUCGUGAUCUGCUUGCAAUGUUCGCCGAUACGCCCCAAGCGCCCUUCAGCAUACACCGCUUCGUCGAGCAUGGAGCGCAGGCAUGUGGGAAGCACCCUGGAGAGUGGUUCGGUCCCAGCGCAGCCGCUCGAUGUCUACAAUCCCUAACAGACAAACACCCCACCGCCAAUGUCCGCGUCUACGCCCGCCCCGACGACAGCGACAUCUACACCUCCUCCCUCCUCGCCACCGCCACCCAAAAGUCCCCCGACGACUCCUUUCAACCCACCCUAAUCGUGCUCGGCAUCCGCCUGGGCAUCGACCGCAUCACGCCCGUCUACCACGCAGCCCUCAAACGUGCCCUCUCCAUGCCGCAGAGUGUGGGAAUCGCGGGCGGAAGACCGAGCGCUUCGCAUUACUUCAUCGGCCAUCAAGGCGACCAGUUCUUCUAUCUGGAUCCGCACUCCACUCGCCCGUUACUCUCCGCAGAUCCGACGGAGGAGGAGGUGGAGGCGUGUCAUACGAGGAGAGUAAGAAGGCUGGGUAUUACGGAGAUGGAUCCGAGCAUGCUGAUCGGCUUCCUCGUGCGAAGCAGGGAGGAGUUCGACGAUUUGAGGAAGAGUAUCGAAGGGGCAGAGGGGAAGCAGAUCGUGCAUAUCCACGACACAGAGCCUGCGAGCUUUGCGCCUGGCAGAGGGCACGAGAGGCCUGGGGCAGUGGAUGAAGUGGAAGCCUGGGAUGAGACCGGGGAGGAGUGUUGA